AUGAAUACGUCUAUCCCUCCGCAAGUGUACGCCGACGACAAGAGAAUGACAGUCAUCGGAUCUGUGGUCUUCUGUGUUCUCUUCGCAACCACAAUGGUUGCUUUGAGAGCCUAUACAAGAACGAAAAUCAUUCGAAUGUAUGGCGUCGAUGAUUAUCUCGCCGUUGCUGCUCUGUUGUCCACAGUGGCCUGCGGCACUACCAUCGCACUUAUUACUUACAACUUUGCCAUGCUCUUCAUCAAACUCUCUUUCCUCUGCCAAUACUAUAGAGUCAUGGUUGUCCCGAGGCUUCGCAAGAUCUAUGCAGUCGCCCUGCUCGUCGUGGGAGCCUGGGCGACCUCUCAGCUGUUUAUAUCAGCACUCCAAUGCAUGCCAGUUUCCGGCUUCUGGGAUCAGUCGGUGAAAGCCAAGUGCAUUCCGAACCAGCCGCAGUGGUACGUUAACGCCGCGGGAAACAUCAUUACCGACGUCGCUGUUUUCGCCUUGCCGAUACCCAUCUUCUGGCACCUCAGCCUGCCGCGAAAGCAAAAGAUCCUCCUCAUAGGUAUAUUCAGCCUAGGGUUCUUCACUGUCGCCAUCAGCAUUGUCAGAGUGCAAUUUCUGAACAUAUCGGCCGACUUCACCUGGACCAACGUUGAAGCCUCCCUUUGGUCUCUCGGUGAGAUCUCGUCGGCCGUAACAUGCGCCUGUCUGCCGACUCUCCGUCCGCUCCUGACCAAGAUGUUCCCGGGGCUGAUGAGCAGAGUGAACCUCUCAUCUGUCCUUAGCCACCAGACUGACACGCGACAUACCCAGCCGACGCGGGCGUACUCGAGUCUUCCAAAGCCACAUGAUACAGAAAAGGGUAUUGCCGAAUCAGGAAUGUCCAGCGCACGGUCAAGCCAUCUCAGGGAUGACAGGUCGACCACCUACGGCUUGCCUUAUAAGCAGCAAACAAACGAGUCGAGCGAGACCAUCUUCGGUCUAGCCAGCUCCUCUGAGUCCGCGACCGGUGUGGAGUCCUUCCAGCUCUACCAAGCCGUCUCAGUUUCGGAGAGAUGGAACUCCAUUUUGAGCCGGCACGCAACCGGAGACCGGGAGAGAGAAUCAUGA